CAGGAUCAGUGCUGCUCUGAGGCAUCAUCCCUGUCCCUGGACGAGGCCUGCACGAUGCUGGCACUCAGAGAAGGCGCAGUGCAGAAAUGCGGACAUUCCCUGCUGCUAUCCUUCCCGGAGAGAAGCCUCUCAAACCUCACCACAAUGUGCUCCAUCUAUCAGAUGUUCACGUCAGCCCAGCACGUCCUGGAUCAGCAGUUCACUAGCACUCUGUGUCCCAUCUUGGGAACCUGGCCUGAGCAGACACGGCAGGAUAUCGGGGGGUCCCUGCACAGUGCCCAUGUGGAGUUCAAGGGGGCCUAUGUGCACCUCACGUGGCAUGACCGGGACCUGAACACCCAUGCCCCCGUUCUGCUGAGGCAGCACGAACUUCUGAAGCUCACAGAGGCUGAGGCGGAGGCAGCUGAGCCGGCCAAAGAGCCUCCCGUGGAGCGAGAGGCAACCCUGGCUCUGCAUCAGCCACCACCUUCAGGGUCCGAGCCAGCCUGCCCUCCACCGGCCGCUCCAGAACUGGAACAGGGGCUCCUAUGUUAUCAAUGCUCGCUGGGUCCUGAGGCACAGACAGCUGGGCCAUCGGCUUGCCCGGGAGUUUGCACGCCAGCUGUCUCCGGUGCCACUGAGCCCGCUCCAGCCGCAGAGGCGUCCUGCCAACCCAAGAACCGGCUCAAACAGAAGGAGCCUGACCUCCUGGACUUCCCUCCCAGGCUGGUGGCAGAGCAGCUCACCUACAUGGAUGCGGUGAGCAGCUGGGCCCCCAGGGUAGGAGGGCAGGGCCGGCUUUUCUUCUGCUCUCAGCUGCCCUAUACCUGCUGCUUUUCCCUGAUGUGGACUCCUAGGAUAUAG